AUCUCAAAAGUCUCUCUACGAAAAGUAUCUAAUACCCCUCAUAAUAUGCUUGCUCGAAGUUCUCUGCGGAAUGUGGCACCUUGCACAAGUAGAUGCUCGUUAAACGUCGCAUCAACUUCAGCGCACACGCUUGAGAUGCUGGCAUCAUAUCGAAGAGGUCAAAACCAUGGUGCUUGUUUUACAACACAUAGCGCAUAUGGCGCAUCGGAGGGACAAUCCGAAUCUACCUCCACUCAAUCGAAUGCUAGUAUACGUUCGGAUAAGAGCAAGGGAUCAUCAUCACUGGACGCGCUAUUCGACACCAACGUCUCGAGGUGGCCCAAAAUAGUGGGCGAUGACACAAGUACACCAUCUAGCCUAACCUUUAAGGCUGGAAAAAAGGCCUCAUCACGAGGCACGCCGUCUCGUCGUCAAUCCAUGACUCAACGAGAAUUGUCGGUCUUUGAAGGAAUGUUCGACCUACUUUUCGAUGCGGCCAGCGCUCCCGUUCGACGGCUCACACCCACAGUGGGUGCUUCGAAGUCCCGGACAGAUAUGUCGGAUAUGGACAUGUUUGAACGACUUCGCAAACAUUCCAAACAUAUCAAGUGGACUUCGCAGGAGGAAGACGCAUUAGACCGCAAAAAGGAGGCGAUGGAUCUUUGCGACACUGACCAACAGCUCCUAGAAUGGGCCAUUCGUGAAGUCUUUGCUGAAUCGCAGCAGUAUGAGGAAGAGGCUAGACGAAUGCUUGAUGAUCCAUUAACGCCGAAGAAGGAUAUCAAGCUACAACCCCCUGCUUAUCCUUUUCUGGUCGCUGAAUUGAUGAAGAAGUUCCGUGACAAGUAUUCCGACCCUCAUCUCGCGUUGUCGAUUUUCGAUUAUGCUCGCAACUUGUCUUCCCUGUCCUACGUCUUCGGCUGUACGACGCCCGCGUAUAACGAGCUCAUUGAGACCCGUUGGUCAUGCUUCCGUGAUUUGCGAGGCGUAUGCGAUGCGCUAGAAGAGAUGCACGUCAAUGGUAUUGAGCUGAACACCCGGACGAGAGGACUCGCAGAAAGGAUUCGCCAGGAGAUCGGCGAGCGCAAUCUGUGGGAGGAGGAAAUGUCCACAGACAGUGGAGAGGUUCUUCAGAUGAUGAACUUUAUCGAGAAGCUGGCUGCCCACGGGAUCAAACCCCAAAAGGACGAUAAGGAGGCGGUGAAAUCGGCGAGGGCGAAGAAAUGGGACAAACAUCAAGAGCGUUGGAAGUCGUAUGCUCUGAACGAGGCGGACGAUAACUACGAGUUCAACCGUUGGGAAGAUGUCGGUGCCAGUCUUGGAGGGAUCCUUCCAGCAAUUGGAGUGAGCUUUAUAUACGGUACAUGGGUAUGAGAAUUUUGACCUUUACCAAAGAAACCUGACAACAAGAAUGAACGAAAGUGACUGCUACAACGAGUAAUGAAACAAUGAAUGACUAGGAGAUCAAAAUAACAAAUAAUGUCCGAGACGAUGUCGAUUAGUAUCGUAAUCCAAAGCAAUUAUGUUGGGG